AAACCUCACAACAUUUUUUGAUUGUCUUGGAGUCGGAAUCCUAAUUAUUUUUUUCAAGACAAAACAAUGGGCGUCUUCAUGUGUAUCAAACUUAUAAUGGUUGUAUUCAACCUGCUGAUAUUUCUUGGCGGAGGGGUUCUCCUUGGAGUAGGAAUCUGGGCUACUGUGGACAGUAACUCUUUUGUACAUAUAUUUGUAUCGAUUUCCGCUGAAACUGCUACACAAAUUCUAAAUGUUGCAUGUCUUCUUAUUGCCAUCGGAGCCGUACUUAUUGUGAUCAGCUUCCUGGGGUGCUAUGGAGCUCAGCAAGAGAGCCAGUGCCUUCUAAUUACAUUCUUCACCGUUAUCCUGAUUAUCUUCGUUGCACAGCUAGUUGGUACUGUGAUAAUUCUGGUUAAUCCAUCCAAGAUAAGACAGGCAGAAGAUGAGCUGAAGACUCUUCUGAAACCUGUGCUCCAAGAGGAAUAUGGUACAAAUGAGCAAGUGACAAAACUGUGGAAUGGGACCAUGAAUGAUCUCAAGUGCUGUGGUCUAAGCGGGUAUGAAGACUUCAUCAAUUCAAACUAUGUCAAUCGCAGUCAUGUCUAUCCUUCUCAAUGCUGCAACUCCACCGUGACGACCUGCACUAAGACAAACGCACAAGCUUCUGAUGUACAGGGUUGUUUUGAGAGUAUCCUGGCCCUCAUCCAGAAGCAUAUACCCAUAGUGGGUGGUGUGGCGGCUGGCAUCUGUGCUUUGGAGUUGGCAGCGAUGGCGGCAUCCAUAUAUCUCUACUGUCAAAUAGGCGACGUUUGAAGCAUGCACUAACUACAAGAAGAAAGGACCUGCUUUACAAACACUAUUUCUAUGUAUUUAGUAUUUUUUUCUUUGUGUUGACAUUUAUAUACAAAACCUAAUAUCAACAAAAUUGCAAUAUGAAUACAGUUUGGCUCGGCUAAGGAACCUAAUGGCACUUUUUGGUGGCAUCUAAAUACCAGCUAGUUUGUUACAAUGUCAUCGCUUUUUAAACACUCCAUUACUGAGGCGUGAUUGGUUGUAUUUCACAUCUUUGUUAUGAAGGUAUUUGAAAGUAAAUGGCCACAAUUUUUUGUGUGAGUCAAUACGUAUGACAUUAUCUUUGUAGAUCUUUAAAAAUACAAA